CAAUAAUACAUUUCCCCACGGAAUUAGCGAUCCGGAAGAUGUCAUUGGAGCACUCUCAUUAAUUAUUUACUCUCUUACGCUUAUCCCUCUCCUCAAGUAUGUUUUCAUAGUAUGUAGAGCAAAUGACAAUGGCCAAGCACACCUUCUCUUCCACAAGUUCCAACAGAUGAUAAUAGGAAGAGCCUGCAAUACCAACUUAUGGGCUCUAUUGGAUGCUCUAGUUUUCCACCACUUCAGCAACAGGUUCUUGAUUAGUGCAGGAACAUGAAUAAUGCCCAUAGAUGAGAAAUACCUCCAUAUUUGAGUUGCAAAGGUACCCUCAACUAAUGUGUAAGGUAUGUUGUCCCAGCCAGAACAAGAGCAGCAUCCACACUUGACAGGAGCUAUACCAAAUUGACUCAGCCUUUCAUUUGUAGGUAACUUCCUUCUCAGUACUCUCCAUGUAAGGAAGGAACAUUUGAAGGGAAUCAACCUAUGCCAGAUAUGACUGUGCAGCAAAGUUACUUCUCUAUGCUCUCUAAUCAACCCCCAGGCAGAUGUACAACUGAAAUCACCACUUGGAGUUGUAGUCCACAAUGGGAAGUCAGGAGAGUUUUCCUGAAAGUGGACCUGAAUUCUGAUGAUAGCCUGCAGUAAAGGAGGGGGAAGUACAGUAGCUAGCUAGCUUCUGCAUGUUCCACUCACCAUUAAUUAAAAAGUCAGCUACUUUGGCAUUGCUGGACCUUACACCAUCAAUUCUGUGGUUAUUUAAUGCUCCCAGGCCAGACUAGUUAUCCCACCAAAAGUAACAUGUGCCUGAUCUAAUCCUUCAAGAAAUAUGUUGCUCAGCUGUCUUAUUGUUUUUCAUCAUAGCUUUCCAUAUCAGGGAUUGCCUAGCACACCCUUUCCUGGCUACUGCAUUUACUAGCACACCCUUUCCUGGCUACUGCAUUUACUCUUUUGCAAUAAUUGGCUAGUAAAAAAUCCCCCUAAAGAGCGUGUCUGCUUCUGAAUAUCCACCAGUGUUUCAUCUGCAGAGCCUUACAUGUAUCAGCAUCAUGUCUAACUCCAACGCCACCUUCUGUGAUUGGGAAACAAAGCUCCUUCCAAGAAGCCCAAUGAUAUUUCUUUCUGUUGUCCUUCCAUCCCCAAAAGAAAUCAGCAAACAAAUGCACAAAUUGCUUAAUAAUAGUCUUUGGAGGAAUGCAAGCAGAAAGGAUGUGAAUAGGGAUGGAUUGCAGAACAUGUUUAAUCAAUACACUUCUACCACCAUAGCUUAGCAGUUUAGAAUGCCAUCCUGCAAUUCUGGAAGACACAUUGCUAACCAGACCAGCAUAGUGACUGAUUCUUUGUCUUCCAAUGUAAAUGGGACAACCAAGGUGGGACUUUUGCUCUUUAUUCAUUACUCUGUCGACAUGCUAAGAUAAAGACAAUUCCAAACCAACACCGAACUGAUGAGGAGCUGACAACUUAUAGCCGUAGCACAUUCCAUGAGCAUUCAUUUGCUGCGAAAACAAAAAGAUGGUUGGAGGCAUAUCCAUUCAGGAAGAAUGCGCUUCUUAUUCUUGUGGUUGUUGGCACCUGCAUGGUAAUUGGUGAUGGAAUUCUCACUCCUGCCAUAUCAGUUCUUUCGGCUUCCGGUGGGAUCAAGGUGGACCAUCCGAAGAUGAGUAAUGAUGUAGUCGUGGUUGUUGCUGUCAUUAUAUUAGUUGGUUUGUUUAGCUUACAGCAUUAUGGCACAGACAGAGUGGGUUGGCUGUUUGCUCCAAUUGUGCUGCUUUGGUUUCUUUUAGUAGGAGGUAUUGGUAUCUUUAACAUCUGGAAAUAUGAUAGCUCUGUUUUGCGGGCUUUUUCUCCUGUUUACAUAUAUCGGUAUUUUAAAAGGGGAAAAAGAGAUGGUUGGACAUCGCUGGGAGGGAUCAUGCUCAGCAUUACAGGAACAGAGGCACUUUUUGCUGAUCUUGCUCAUUUUCCAGUGUCAGCAGUACAGCUUGCUUUCACGGUCAUUGUUUUCCCUUGCCUUCUUUUAGCUUAUUCUGGACAAGCUGCAUACCUCAUUAAAAAUACGGAUCAUGUUGCUGAUGCAUUCUAUCGAUCUAUUCCAGAGAGCAUAUACUGGCCAGUUUUUGUCAUUGCAACUUUAGCUGCUAUUGUUGCAAGCCAGGCUACCAUAUCUGCAACUUUUUCAAUAAUCAAGCAAGCUCUAGCACUUGGCUGUUUCCCGAGAGUAAAGGUUGUACAUACAUCAAAGAAGUUCUUAGGGCAGAUAUAUAUUCCUGAUAUAAAUUGGAUUCUUAUGGUUCUUUGCAUUGCCGUUACUGCUGGAUUUAAAAAUCAAAGCCAAAUUGGCAACGCUUAUGGAACAGCAGUUGUGAUAGUCAUGCUGGUGACGACAUUGCUCAUGACUUUGAUAAUGUUACUAGUUUGGCACUGCCAUUGGGUUGUUGUCCUUAUCUUCACUGUCUUAUCUCUAAUGGUUGAAUGUACCUACUUCUCAGCAGUACUUUUUAAGCUUGACCAGGGUGGUUGGGUUCCACUUGUGAUUGCUGCAGCUUUUCUUCUUAUCAUGUAUGUAUGGCAUUAUGGAACAGUGAAACGAUAUGAAUUUGAGAUGCACAGCAAGGUAUCUAUGGCAUGGAUUCUUGGGCUUGGACCCAGUUUAGGACUGGUGCGUGUGCCAGGAAUAGGACUCGUGUACACUGAGCUAGCUAGUGGAGUGCCUCACAUCUUUUCUCACUUCAUUACCAACCUACCUGCUAUACAUUCAGUUGUGGUAUUUGUGUGUGUGAAGUACCUUCCUGUUUACACAGUUCCAGAUGAUGAGAGAUUCCUUGUGAAACGGAUAGGACCGAAGAGUUUUCACAUGUUCCGGUGUGUUGCAAGGUAUGGUUACAAAGACCUCCAUAGGAAGGAUGAUGAGUUUGAGAAAAAGCUUUUCGAUAAUCUCUUUACGUUUGUCCGGCUGGAUUCCAUGAUGGAUGGCUGCUCUGACUCUGAUGAGUACAGCUUAUCUGGACAGCAAACACAACAUUCAAGAGAUUAUAAUGGGAACUCAUCUACUUCAAAUAUUGAACUCAGUUAUUCAUCAAUGGACUCGAUAGCCCCCAUUAAAUGUCAUCCUCAGGUAACCAGCUCAAUCACAUCAUCAGGCCACGAGAGCUGCCAGACAGAAGUUGAUGAAUUGGAAUUCUUAAAUAGGUGCAGAGAUGCUGGGGUUGUACACAUACUAGGGAACACUGUAAUUAGAGCAAGAAGGGAAUCUAAGUUUUAUAAGAAGCUUGCUAUAGACUAUAUAUAUGCAUUCCUUAGGAAAAUAUGCAGGGAAAAUAGUGUCAUCUUCAAUGUACCACAUGAGAGCCUCUUGAAUGUUGGACAGAUCUUCUAUGUGUAAAUCAUCAAUUCGAAUAUUAUGGAUUUUGUCUCAUGCAUCAGAUGAUUAUUGAAUUGUGUA